AUGAAGUUGAACAUCGUAACACUGACCGCCCUCCUCGCCUGGGCAUCUGCCGCGCCACAGGACCCUCAAGUGCCAUCAGUCUCAACCUCCAUCACGACAAUAACGGUCAACGGCCAGCCCGCGCCCACCGAGCCUAUCCCAAACAACCCCAAUCCGGUCUCCACCCCCGCUCCUGCUCCCGCUCCCGCGCCGGCUCCCUCCGAUCCAUCGCAGCCGAAGCCCGCUCCCGGCGGUGCCCACUGCGUCUGUGGCGCAACCUACUGCGGCAAGGUCCUCGUCGGCUUCCAAGGCUACACCACCGAACAAGUCGGCCAGGGCUACUGCGCAACCCCGGGCACAAACUGCGCCUCCGCCGCGCCCGCCGUCGAGUCCCUCGAGAACACCCUCUUCGUCUGCAUCUGCCCGCCCGGCCAGAAGCAAGGGUCCGCCAUCGAGCUCAUCUGCCCCUGCCAGGGCCGCUGCAAGAACGACGAGCCCGACUUUAUCGGCCGCUGCGAGACGCCCUGCAACCUCGGCUGCGCUCCCGCUGCGCCGAGCUCGAGCGCCUCCGCUAUUCCUGCGCCCGUCCCGGUCCCCGUGCCCGUUAACCCGUUGCCUGCUCCGGUUCCGGCUCCAGCUCCUCCCCCUGCUGCUAGGAGACGGUCGUAG